ACCUCGCCUCUCAACAUGUCCUACAGCAGCUGCUCUGGAAACUUCUCCUCCCGCUCCCUUCGGGGCUGCCUGCCACCUUCCAGCUCCUCCUGUGGCUCUUGCUUCCCCAGCAACCUGGUCUACCGCACUGACCACUGUGCUCCUAGCUCCUGCCAGCUGGCCUCUUCUCUCCACAGUGGCUGUCAGGAGGUGUGUGGGGAGCCCACGGGCUGCCAGAGUUCCUGUGUGGAAUCCAGUCCCUGCCAGAGUUCCUGUGUGGACCCCAGGGUGUCUACGUUCUGCAGUCCCUGCCGCACCACUUACCCUGGAUUUCUGGGCUUUGGCUCCAGUGCCUGCCAUCCCCUAGGGUCUGGGUCUAGAAGCUGCUGCUCCCUGGGAAAUGGAUGGAGACGUUCCUAUUCUCCAUUCUAUACUUCUCGAAGCUGCUACCCACAGGGCUGUGGUUUCAGUGGCUUCGGGUCCAUGGGUUAUGGCCUGUAUGGCUUCCCUUCCCUGAGUUAUGGGUCUCGAUUCUGUUAUCCUACUUCUUUUCCUUCUAGGGGUUUCCAUUCUUCUUGUUUCCAACCUUUCUAUCAAUCUGGUUUCUACUGA